CACAGAUGCCGUUUGACCCAACCAUUGAUUAUUACUGGUUGGGGGAAACGUUACGUGAUCUGGCCUUGGGUGCAGGGUCAACCUUAAGUGCACUAGACAACACCAUGAACUGUCUAAGGCCACCGUACCUGGAGGACGCCGACCCCGACUUCAUGGACCUGCUGAAAAAGCUCCAGGGCAAUAGCGAAAAGUUGCUCAAAGAGACCAUCAGGAACAUCAGAAAUCACCCGUUUUUCCGAGGAAUAAACUGGGAGGAGGUGGAGGCGAAAGAGACGCGCCCCCCAUUCUUUGUACGUCGAAAGGGCCUCAGACACAUUAGAAGGCAGAAGAUACCACUGGAUGACCUCCUAGACGAUGAGGACAUUACAGACGAGAUGCAGAUGCUAUUCGAUGGCUUUUCAUUUGAGAGUGAUCAAUGGAGAGCCAUACAGAAGCUGAACUGAAGCCGCAACACGCCAGGAUGAAGCUUAUGGAAAACGACAUAAAAUACUGCAAGGAAUUUCACACCUGGUGUUCCCUCUCGACCAUCUACCACCACAAGGGAGCCGUGACAUAGUCUCCAAGGGAGUCAGACUGAGACUGUGAGGAAGUCAGGACUAAGUCUACAAUGGAGCAGGGAGGAUCGUACAGAGGAGCAGAGAGGAGUCUGUUGGGGGACAGAC